AUGCAGGGAUGUACGGGGCAGGACCUUAUCAGCUUCGGGCCGUACACCGUCGAGACCCGCCUCGGGUUGAUCACCUCUUGCAACAAGCAGAUCUGCAAGCGGGUUGACGGCAUCCUGGGCUUCGGUUGGCAGGAUACACCAGGGAGUCCCUCCCUGUUCAAGACGCUGACACAGUCGGCGAGAAGUGAGUGGGAGAUCGAGCAGCCUUACGAGUUCCAGCCCAUGCCGCGCUUCUUCGCCAUGGCAGUCAACGAGUGGAAAGCUGAGAUCCAGCUGGGGGACUACGACCCUUCCUCAGUGUCGGGACCGGUCGCAUGGCUGCCGAUGAAGGGCAUCGACUAUGGUGUGCAGGUCGCGUCGAUCUCAUACGGUGAUGGCAGCGAUGCGGUGGAGCUGCUGAGCUUCACGAACAAGGACAGGAAGUUGGGGUACAUCGGCAAGUUCGACAGCGGGACGACCUGCAUCCUGAUGCCCAACACGACAGUCGGGAAGCAGCUGGAGUUUAGUCCCUUCGAGAAGCUCCUGCACAUGCAGCUCAAGGGGAUUAAGAGGAGCCUGUACUUCACCAUCAUCGACGAGGACGGUGCUCCCCGCAAGUUUGAGAUUGAGUACGAGGGAUGUGUGGAGCCUUCGGAGGAACGCCUUAUCCUCGGGGACCCUUGGUUUCGCAAGUUUGUCGUCAUGCACGAUCUGCGGAAGAUGGACAAGCCGAGGAUGGGGCUGGCGGUGAGGUCGGCAGACUACACGCUCAAGGACGAGAUCGACGAAGAUUACCUCGGGGCUUUCUCCUACGACAAGGACGUCGACAAGCUGCGUGCUGCCGUCACGCCAACGACAAGUUUGAAGAGCUCGCGCGGCCAGAAGAAGUUCCUCAAGCACUUGAGGCAGGCGGUGAGAGAGGAGAAGAGGAGACUGUCGCACAACCAGGUCUACAAGCUCUCAGCGAGUAGAGGAUACUUGCCCAAGCCAUCCCCGUCUUCCUCCUCAACCUUGUCGUUCUUGGAGCCUGAGUACAGAUGGGAGGAGGAGGACAGGCUGGAGAAGGUUCGCAUGGAAACCAACAAGAUCGUGUACGCCAUCGACAUCGGAGUUGGAACCCCGCCUCAGAAGAGGAGGCUCAUCUUCGACACGGGCUCGUACAUGCUCGCUGUGUUCGCAGCACCGGCUUCCUGCAGCUCUGAUGACGUCAUCUCCAGCAUGCAGGUGAAACUCAAACGUGACUUGCGCCUCUCCUCCUGA